UUUUUCCAUUUUCUGAAAACUUAAGGGCUUUGAGUUUUGACGUAAAAUCAUUUUCCAAUUGUAGAAUUUAAUUUAAUUUUUUGAUUUGUUUAUUGAAAAUUGAAAUCCGGUUCGAUUAUUCUGCUAUUAAUUAAUUAUUUAAUUAAUCAAUUUUUGUUUCAACUUCAAAGUAAAUAUAACCGAGAGGCUGGUACCAACUAAUUACUAACUUUUUAGAGUUUCUUUUUUAAUUUAAAAUUAAUUAAAUAAUUUUUGAAAAAAUUGCUGGAAAUGAGUGGUUUUGAGUUUGACGAUAUUGACUCUCCAAGGCCAAUGAAAUCAAAGCUGCCAAUCAGUAAUAGUCCCCACAACACUAGUCAAACAACUCCCCAAGUAAAUCAUGAGAAAGAAGCAGAUGACUUGAGACUGAAGUUACAAGAAGAAUAUAAAGAAUUAAACUUGAUGAGAAACAAGUUAAAAAAUGAAAAACUACAUUUAGAACGGGCAAUAAGAAAGUUAAAAAGCAAAGAAAUCAACCCGCAAGGAGUGUUUCAGAUGAAUUCUCAACCAACAGCAUCAUCAACUGUGUCUGCUGCUAGCAAAAAGCCUGCAGUCAAGCCCAUAUUUCCUGGUAGAGAUACUGCAAAGAAACCACAAAAUUGCUCUGAAGACAUUCCCUAUGUAUAUGUGAGAACUGACUGAGUGUGUGUGCGUGUGUGUUUAUGUGUGUUUGUGUGUGUGUGUUUUUAGUUUGUACGCUCGUUUAUCAUAUUUCAUUCGCUUAUUUUUCAAAAUGUUUCAUUUUUAUUAAAAUAAUUAAAAUUGUCGUUUAAUAGAAAAUCGUUAGUUGUCUUGAAGUGAUCAAAAAGUAAUU